AUGACCAAGUUGUUCAAGUCCGCCAUCGUCCUCGCUGCCCUCGCUCUCAUUGUUUCCCCUGUCUUGGCCGCCGACUACAGGGUGUUGGUCAACAAGCCUGAUUGCCAGACUGUCGAUCAAUUCAAAUUCAACUACGAAUCCCUUUGUCCCGUCUUCGACGUCGGAUCUCCCAACACAUACAAAGGCGUCUUGGUCGAAGCCGGAGACUUUUCUGGAGACAACAACGAUACUCAAGCCCGUGUAUUCUGGGAGCAGUCAACUGACAACAAUCCUUACGCAGACCUGGACUAA